AUUUACGUCGUGCAAGCUGCCACCCAAAGCUAGAGUGGCGGAGGACUGCCGUCUAUUCCACGGCAACGAUGUUUCCACUAUGGUAGAUGUCGUUACCGCCUCGCUGCAGUUCGAGACACUGGAAGGCCUGUUCUCGGGUAUGAGGUCAAUGAUGAACAGCGAUCAG